AGCUUAAAAAAUCGUGGUGUCUGAACUGAAAUAAGUUUUGAGGCCAGAGAAAGAGUCAGAGAGAGAGAGAAAGAGAGAGAGAGAGAGAGGUAUAGUAAAACACCCGUUUGGACGAAAGACAUCGCCUCGGGCUCAGAGAAACAUGCCAUCUUACGCCUUCAAUCAGUUUAUUGACCGAGAUGACAUCCUGUGCAAGCAACUGUUAAAACUAGACUUGGGUGAUCCACAAAAGAUGCCUGCACCUCCAUCAUCUGCUGUUGGAUAUCAAAAGCCCAGAUCAAUAACUUCUAGCCACUGGGCACAAACCAAAGAAACCUCUUUGCCAUCGCAAUGGAAUAAGAUAGGCUUUUGGUCAGAACGUGCGGUCAGUAUGGUGGAGGGGGAGACCGGAGGUCUGGGCUGGGCAUGUGACAAGCCGGGGUCUGUGUUAAGCUCUGAGUUGUUCUCCAGCUCCACGUCCUCUGUGUCUUCCGGCUCCACUUCUUCACGCUACAAGACUGAACUAUGUCGCACCUUUACAGAAAGAGGCACCUGCAAAUACGGGAGCAAGUGCCAGUUCGCCCACGGAGCCGAGGAGCUACGCGGCAUCAACCGCCACCCCAAGUACAAGACUGAACCGUGUCGCACUUUCCAUUCCAUCGGCUUCUGUCCAUAUGGCAUCCGCUGCCACUUUGUGCACAACAACGAUGACGAUGCCCACCCUCGCUCUCAACAGCCCUCUCUUCCUAUGAGCACACAGCGCCCACCUCUUCUAAAACAGAGCUUUAGCUUUGCUGGAUUUCCUUCUAACCCCACACUGCUCGAUCCUACCUUUUCUCAGUCGUCCUUCCUUGGCGUGUCAUCUGCCUCACCACCUUCCUCAGGCACCGUCUCUGACCUCCUAGCCAUGGCGUUCCCCGAGUUCCUGCCGUCACACGACUCUGGCUGCUGUAGCAGCGAGACUACACCUACCACCUCACCCUCCCAGAUGGCACCGGGGGUACCUGACCAGACCUUCAGCGCCUCGUUGGGCACACGGAGUCUGUCACUCACCUCGCUUUCCGACCACGAGGGACGCUGCAGCAGCUCAGCCAGCAGCUUGAGCGGCUCUGACCUGUCUUCAGCUCUGGACAGUGCUGCCAAGAGGCUGCCCAUCUUCAGCCAGCUGUCUGUCCCUGAUGGCUUCUGCACUGAAGGCAGCUCCAGUUUCUUCCUUUAGAGCCAGCAUUCUCGUUCUCACUCCUAAUCAUAGAUUUAUACGACCUGUGUUUGACUCUGUAUAUGAGCUUGAUUUGAAGAAUUCUACAUGUGGCGGCGUAAAGAAAGAAGUGGAGGACUGCAGGGUGUUUUCUCCCCCUGUUAUAAUUUGUGAUCACAAUGUGACUCUUUUCAGAGAGCGAAGUUGUCGGUUUGGAGUGAAAUACUGUGCGGGAUCAGUAUUUAAAUUGGCUGCCGGUUAAAAAGAUUAUAUUUUUAAAAAAAAAAAAAAAGCCAAAGAAUUUCUGACUCUUUAACUUUUUUGUAUAAAUGUUCCAUAGGCUCAGUGUUCCUCUUCCGAUACAGAGAUGUGCAGAAGAACGUGUUUCUAGAAUGUUCUGCAGUUAAAGCAGCAGAACAUUAUCAAAGCUUUGUUCCUUCUCACUUUGUUUAUUUUCAGACUAAAGUCAGUAUUGUGAUUCUGUAUGUUGUUUUUUUUUUUUUUUUUUUUUUAAAACUUGUUAGCUCAGAUGUAGGUGUAUUUGUGUGAGACUCCAUUGACACCCCUUCUUUUUUUUUUUUUUCUUCUUUUUUUUUUGGAACAUGGUUCUUAUGGUUUUCCAGGUUUCCAUGUUACAUGUAGAGUUGAUGAAUUUCCAGCAGCUUGAUUUUUUUUAAUUUAUUUUAUUGUAUUUAUAGAAAAUGUUUCAUGUUUACUGUUAAGUUUAAUAUAUAUUUUUUUUCUCUCCAGGUUUGUACUGAAAAUAAAACUUUUUUACAAGGAUCCUGA